GAAGCUCCAGGAGGAAAGCACGGGGGCUGAGCUGCCCCUCCCCCAGACAGGCCUCAUGGUCGCAUGUUACCAUGGCUUCCGGAGUGUCGUGGCUCUGCUCAGCCGCUGUCCUUUCCUGGAUGUGAACCAGCAGGACAAAGAGGGGGACACAGCCCUCAUGCUGGCUGCCCAAGCAGGCCACGUGCCUCUGGUGAGUUUCCUGAUCAACUACUACGCGGGCCUUGACCUGGAGCGCCGGGACCAGCGGGGGCUGACAGCGCUGAUGAAGGCUGCCAUGCGGGACCGUUCGGAAUGCGUGGCUGCCCUCCUCAUGGCAGGUGCUGACCUGACUGCGGUGGAUCCUGUCCGAGGCAAGACGGCCCUGGAGUGGGCAUUUCUGACCGACAGCUUCGACACAGUACAGAGGAUCCGGCAGUUGCUGCGACGGCCCCAAGUGGAGCAGCUGAGCCAGCAUUACCAGCCCGAGUGGCCAGCUUUGCCCGGGCUUGUGGCCCAGGCCCAGGCUCAGGCCACCCCAUCUCUCCUAGAACGACUCCAGGCCACCUUGAGCUUCCCCUUUGCCCAGUCUCCUCAGGAGGGGGGUGUCCUGGACCACCUUGUGACCAUCACGACCAGCCUGGCCAGUCCUUUCCUCAGCACUGCCUGCCACACCCUGUGCCCUGACCACCCACCUGCACUGGGCACCCGAAGCAAGUCCGUGCCAGAGCUGUUAGUGGAAGCUGGAGCCCAGGUCUGCAGGGAAUCGAAGCCUGGCCCUUCCUGUCUGGAGAUACCAGGAGCUCAGGAUGGAGAGGAGGAGGCAGGAGGAGUCCAGAUUGGCAGAGAGCCAGGGGAAGAUGGGCUAGACCAGACUGGUAGCAGGUAA